UGUGCCAGCCCGGCCCGCGCGUCCCUUUCUGCUCCGGGAUUGCUUCGAAUCUAGUGUUGCCUAUCUUUAAUGGUCCCCGAGGGCUCUGUCAAAGCUUCUGUCUCGCUGUGAUCUGCAGUGAUUGUGGAGUGGCAGGAAGGACUCGGGAAGACCCAGGAAACCUAGAAAUGGACUCUGUGGCCUUUGAAGAUGUGGCUGUGAACUUCAGUCUGGAGGAGUGGACUUUACUGCAUCCUUCACAGAAGAAACUCUACAGAGAUGUGAUGAGGGAAACCUUCAGGAACCUGGCCUCCUUAGGUAAAAAAUGGAAAGAUGUUGUUAUGGAAGACCAGUACAAAAACCAGGGGAGAAAACAAAGAAGUCACAUGGUAGAGAGAUUCUGUAAAGGGGAAAAAAGUAACCAAUGUGGAGAAAACUUCAGCUCUAUUCCAAAUCUCAGUGUGAAGAAGAAAACUCUUCCUGGAGUAAAACCCUGGGAAUGCAGUGUGUCGGGGGAAAUCCUCAUGCAUCACUCAUCCCAUAAUGGGGAUGUAAGAUAUCACACUGGAUACAAGCCCUCUGAGUAUCAGAAAUAUGGAGAGAAGCCAUAUAAAUGUAACAUAUGUGGGAGAGCUUUCAGCUAUCUUCAGUGUUUUGAAAAACAUGAACAAAAUCACAAUGCUGAGAAACCAUAUAAAUGUGUGGAAUGCGGCAAAACCUUCAUGCGGCUCAAAAUCCUUCAAAGACACAUGAUCAUACAUACUAUAGAUGCUCCAUAUAAAUGUAAGGUGUGUGCAAAAACCUUUAGUUCUCCAACUUCAUUGCAAAUAUGUGAAAGAACACAUGCAGGAGAGAAGCCCUAUCGAUGCCAACACUGUGGAAAAGCCUUCAGAUGUUAUAAAAGUUUUCAAAGACACGAAAGAAAUCACACUGAAGAGAAACCCUAUCAGUGUAAAAAAUGUAAUAAAGCAUUCAUGUAUCCCAGUUAUCUUCGAAUACACGAAAGAUCUCACACUGAAGAGAAACCCUAUGAAUGUAAGGAGUGUGAGAAGGCCUUCAAAUCUUCCAGUUCCUUACAAUCACAUAAAAGGACUCACAUAGGAGAGAAACCCUAUGAAUGCAAAGAAUGUGGAAAAGCCUUCAGUAUUUAUAGGUCCUUACAAAUACAUGCAAGGUCACAUACUGGAGAGAAACCUUAUGAAUGUAAACAUUGUGGUAAAGCAUUCAGCGCUCCCAAUUAUCUUCGAAAACAUGAAAGAACUCAUAUUGCAGAAAAACCAUAUAAAUGUAAGGAAUGUGGGAAAGGCUUUAGGUUUUCUAAUUCCUUGCAAACACAUGAAAGGACUCACAUGGGAGAGAAACCCUAUGAAUGUAAAGCAUGUGGAAAAGCCUUCAGAUCUUCUGGUAACUUACAAAUACAUGAAAGAACUCACACAGGAGAGAAACCCUACGUAUGUACAAAAUGCAGUAAAACAUUCGGAUAUCCCAGUAAUCUUCGAAUACAUGAAAGAAUUCACAGUGGAGAGAGACCCUAUGAAUGUAAGGAGUGUGGAAAGGCCUUCAUAUCUUAUAGUUCCUUACAAACGCACGAAAGGACUCACACUGGAGAGAAACCCUUUGAAUGUAAACAUUGUGGUAAAGCCUUCAUUUCUCGAAAAUCCCUGCAAAGACACAUGAAAAUGCAUACUUGAAAUACAGUUUUUCAAUGUAAGGAAUGUGGAAAAGCACUCACUUGCCUUCAUCUGUAUGAAAGGUAUAAAAGAUUUUCACACUGGAAAGAAACACUGUGAAUGAAAACAAUGUGGUAAAGCCUACAUAGAAUUGAGUUCCUUACAAUGAUAUGAAAGAACUUAUAUUGGAAAAAAAACCUGUAAAUGUUAGGUAUGUGGAAAAGCUUUUAUUUUUAACAAAAUCCUUCAAAGUCACAAGGUGAGAGUGUACACAACUGAGAAAAAUAUAUAAAUGUGAGGCAUGUGAGAUAACCUUCAGUCAUUUCUCUUCUGAAAGCAUGAGAGGACUCGCUGGAUCAAAUCUCUUGAAUGUAAAUAGUGUAGGAAAGACUUAAU